UCAUUUGGUUGCAGGAAGAAGCGCUUUAAGGCUGAAAUUCAAGUUCGCUAUCACGAUCAGGACACUGCAGUGAGAAGGAGCGAAAAGCUUAUUACCGGUAAUGGGCUGUAUUAAUGUGACUAAUGUUGAUAAGCAAGAUGGUCACGACGAUUUCAACGUGGAUGUAGGUGAUUUGUGCUGAGGAUUUCGAUGUCAGCGAUGAGCCAGCAAUAUCUUCAUCUGUAAGCUUAAAUACUCGUCAUUAUGAAAGAUUGCAAAGAGCAGAAGAUACAUGGGCUAAGUUAUGGCAAGCUGCUCUUUCGACCACUUUCUAGAAGGAAGGUUCGUUUGUGAACAGCACGUUACUGAGGUGUCACUUCUGUGACUCGGAAAGUGGCAUUUGUCGUUCCUUGGACUGUAGUGCAACAGCAAAGUUUUGUGAAUUUUGUGCUACAUCAAUGCACACCGAAGUAAAUAUUCUCCAUAGUGUGGAAAUUCUUAAGGUACGUAAGUUGGUCUGAAGGUUUCCACAACAGAGUAGAUGCGUAGCUGCCAGACUCUUCACCAAUGACUCUUAAUUACCUGCUUCACCCGGCUGCUUUAAAUCUUUGUACUUGUAAAGCUGAUGUUUAUAAGCUUAAAAUAGCCCCAGAUUUUAUUUGUCAUUUUUCAUCUUUGAACUAUGUUGCUUGUCAGUUAUUACAAUGUCUUUUAACUGGAAUAUUUACCAAAUGUUAAUAUCUGCAGUAGCAGGCCAGGUUGUGCUUGUAGAUCUUUAAAUUAUGUGCAUUAGAAGCUCAUGGUUUCCUUGGUUGUUAUUUUUUUUAGUAUUAAUGAAGCUAUAUCGUGCUUACAUUGUAAAUUACAAUCACUUUUGACCACCUUGCCAGAUCAGAGAUUAGUUUCUCUGAGAGCAAAACAAACAAACGUUAAGCUCGGCAAGAUAGGAUCGGAGAAAACUAAUAUCAUUCAUGUGUAUCACUUAAAUUAAGGAUCAUGCAGGGGAGUUUUAAAUCAAAUCACUUUGGUUUAUUAAUCUAUUUAAACACUAAAACAAAAUGACCUGUUAGUCAAUUAAUUAAUGUUUGAAUUUUUAUUCUUGGUUUAAUACAUAAAAUGCCAUAUACUAUCAUGACUUAUUGUUAUUCUAGGAGGAGAAUAUAAUUAUAUAUUUCCCUUUGAUCUUAGCAAGAACCCUGGUGCUGAACGCACAUCAGUGCCCAUCUGUUCAUUUUCGUAAUGUUUCUACCGUAGAUUCUCGAGGUAAGGAAAAAAGUCUUUUUAUGUGUCAACCCCAUGCAUGAUCUAGUAAAGCAGAUCAGAUGUAGCUCUAAAGCUGUUUUUUGUGUUUGUUCAAUAUAUAUGUAUGCGACUUUGCUUGUAAUUAGUUAAACAUGUAAUGGAAAAAUGUACAGUAUAACACUAAGCAGUAUGCAAUUUUAUAUUAACAAAAAUGUCAGACAUGAUGUACAUCCCUAAUAUUAAUCUACAAAAAGAAGGAAUAGACGUACUGAACCAUAGAAGAAAACUGUAAUUUUAUUGUGACCAACAGUCAACCAACAGGCAACCUGACAGUGGGCCAACUGUUUAUCAACUGUCGAUCAACAAUUGGUCGACAGAUGUAGAUACAAUGCAUACCAUGGGUAUGAAUUCUCGUGAAAGUACUUAUAUAUAUAUUAGCCUGUUGUUUGGCUACUUGGUUUUUAUUGUUUUCUCUGAUUUAAUCUGGUGCCUAUGGUGUAUUAAUUAUCUUUGACAUGUAUGCAAGUGUUUAUAUAUGUGCACUGAUCUGACUGCAAUUGUUGUUUAACAAUUACUCAUAUAGCAUGAACAUCAGUUAAUAUCCCUUUUGUUUUUUCUUUCUUACAGGAUUUCAAGUGGUUGUUGCUGUUCAGUUUGUAGUUGUGAACCUGAUUUUUUACGUUUACUUAGGUUCAAUUUUUGGGUGCCACACCAACAAAGCCAGAGUUGGCAUUCACAAUGGAUUUGAUGAAGUUACUGCUCACCCUUAAUCUUGAAUGCCAAGUGGCUGUAAAAGAAUUUUGUUCUGCGAUUCAGACCCUUGUUAAUGAUAUUAUAUCCUUUCUGGUAUUAAGAUAGUUUAAAAAUUAUGAAAUUCUUUUGUCCUUUGCUUUUAAAAACUGUCAUAUUGUCUAUAUAUGCUGUGUCAGUCAGUUUACUUUACUUUCUUUUAGCUAGUUAACAAAUAAUAUUUAGCCAUAAGGUUUUUUUAUGUACUACUUUAGAACCAGAGGAAAUUAUAUCCAGUUAUUAUUGACAGUCUUGAAGAGUUCAGGUUAGUAAUAAGACUUAUUUAAUAUAAUAUUAUAGUAAUAGACUAGUUGUUUCCUUAUAUAUUAUUCAGUGAAGUGGAGGUGGCUUGUGGAUAUUUAGCGAGCUGCAUUUGAAGUGCUAGGUUAGGUGAAUAGUAUUGUUUUACUAUGUACACACUGUGCUAAAACAAUUACAUGAUAUAUAAUUGAGCUCACGAAUGAAACAGAAUUUAAUUGCCAUCUUUGUGAACGUCUAGAUCACAGCUUCUUCAUUAUAAAUAUGGUAGCAGAAUAACUGGUGUGAAUAAGCACUGGGUAUACCAAUUGCAAGUUUGAGUAGCCAAACAAAGAGCAAAAAGCACCAAUUAUAUCCAUUUGUUAAGUGUAUAAUGAUACUUACUGUCAGUAGUUGAUAUUUUUAUGUCACAGCUGGUCUCUCCUAUAUAAGGAUGAAGCGAAGCUCCUAGCUAAUCAUAGUGCUCUAUUUUCAAUAAUCAUCAAUGUAGUUAUGCUAAUGGUAUGUAUUAUGAUAUCAGUGGUUGACAUUACCUUAUUGUCGAUUGGUGGUUGGAUAGUUAUCGCUGUAGAUGGUCAGUGAUUCGUCAAACCUGAUCAUGGUAUUGAUGCUACAUGUGUAUGAGAGGUGUGGCUGCACUGAGAAUAACCAAUGGGAUGUGAACUUUUUAUUACAACAUUCCUAUUGUAGACAUCUUUUAAGGGAGUUAUUACAUGUAACACUCUUUCCCAUGUGGUGACCUGUACAUUGAACUACUGCAUAGACAAUAUUUAAUUCUGAUGGUUCACUAACCAUUAGGUUACUUCUCAGCAUUUUGUAUUGUAUUGUCAUUUUGAAUCAGGCUGGAACGCGUUUUAUUUGAAUUGGAGAACACAGAUGGUGUAAGUCAGCGCUGUACCACUUCUUGUGUGGAGUAUACAACGGUAUGAGAUGCUGCUUGUGACAGAAGCAAAAAGGUGGCAUUGGUCGAUCUGCAUACUAAAGUUAUUGAGCGGUGGUUUUUGUUGAGUUUGAUAUCAUUUGAUAUAUGAUAAAAAGUGUAAUCAUAACUAUAACAAAGUUCUCAAAUCUGACUGGCUAUCAACUGUCCUGAUUUCAGCCUUAAUAGGACAGUACGCACCAUCACGCGCGCGCUUAAAUGUUUUUUUUUUUCAUUGCUAGCCGAAAAAAGAUUGGAAUUUCUUGUGUUUCGAUUUAAAAAAAGAGCCUUAUAUAUCACAAGUUUUGUUAAAGUUAUGAUUAAUUUUUAACAGAACUUCCUGUGGUCCAAUCUGGUCUGUAAUCAUGCUCAUGAUUAAACAAAUCAAACUCCCGCAACUCGGUCCACCGAUUUUGUUAAGCACUCGUAUGAUUACAGACCGAAUUGGACUCCACUCAGUCGUGUUACCAUUACUAAUUGUUGCGGUUAUGAUUCCAAGCUGCUAGAACGCAUUCUUGAGAAACAAGGACAUGGUCCGUUUUCAUGAAACGUUUGAUUUUAGUGACCCAUUAAAAGCAGUGUCUUUAUGAUUUCUUUAAACCUGCCAUCACGGCGCUAUCAACGUAGUACAGUUUUGCUUUGUCGAAAAUAUAGGCCAGGGCAUAAAAUAACUUGCUAGUCCUGAUGCUUUUGGGCUCAAGGACUAGACAACUGUCAGGAAUUUCCCGUCUUAACAUUACGGGGUUUUGUCUUUUCACUUACUGUUUGAUUUUAUCUUUUUCUUGGUUUUUUCUUGACCUGUCUUCUGUCCUUAUCACUUAGAUGGCCAUGACCUUUCCAAACGGCUUUCCAAGCAGAUUUGUCAAGCAACAAAGAGCAUGGGAACCGCUCUAGAUAAAUUCAACAACCUAGAAUGCAGUAAUGCUUGCCCAUUCCCACGCUCCUUGGAGUUCGAUCAAGAGAAGAACCCGGAAGCAGACGUUUGGUUACGAUCGGAGUUUGUUGGUUCUGACUCGCCAGUACCCAUAACCGUUAGACGUAGAGCAAUCGAUCUGUACCAUCUGCUGGAUAGAGCUAAAGAAGAGGUGACCUUACUUCAGGAAGAGAUGAGAAACGUAGUUGAUCACGUCAGCGGGCAGCACGCGACGUUUUCCAGUUCGUUAAAAGAUGCCACGAUAUCUCCUUUGUCCUUAGAGGAGUUAGGGAAAAAUAUAUUUCCGAAAAUGAAACUGGUGUCUUUGGAGGGACAGCUUUUAGAGGUGAAAAGAGUUUUCCAAGGUCACAUCGGAGAAGUCCCUCUCCCGAACUUAAUUUUUGAUCGAAACAGUAUUCCGUUACAGGACGAUGAAAACGAGGCUGACGAAGUGUCUGAGUUGUUGCUAACCCUCCCGGAAACAGAGGAGGAUGAAGUGGACAGUGAAAAAGAAUGCGAGAGCGAUUAUGACGAUACCGACAGCACUUUUUUUAGUUCUUCGGAAAUAUUGCUUUAA